UGCCAUCCCAGGGCGGGCACCGCUUUGCCACAGGAUAUGGCAGCUGCCUGCUGCCCUCUGCAUGCCAGUGGGACAAAGGGGGACAGCCUGGGGACCUGCUGCUUUGUACAGAGCCACUGGGGAUGUGUGGUUCUGCCAUGCCUGGAGGAGACACCGGGACUGAGCAGGGGCUCCCUGACCCAUGAAGGUCACCAUGCCCCUGCGUUGGCACUGCUGCAGCCGAGCUCCCCGCAUGACCAGCGAAGCCAUGGACACUCUGGGGCAGUACAAGAUCACGGUAUGGGAGGAAGAGAGCUUCCAGGGCAAGCGCUGCGAGUUCCUCAUGGAGUGCCCCAGCAUCAUGGAGCGCGGCUUCCGCAAGAUCCGCUCCAUCAAGGUGGAGUCUGGCCCCUGGGUGGGCUUUGAGUACCCCGAGUACCAGGGGCAGCAGUUCAUCCUGGAGAAGGGCGACUAUCCGCGGUGGGAGGCCUGGAGCGGGAACAGCGGGUAUCGCACCGAGCAUCUCCUCUCCUUCCGACCCAUCAAGUGUGCGAACCACAAUGACAGCAAGGCCACCCUGUACGAGGCGGAGAACUUCCAGGGGCACAAGUUUGAGCUGAGCGACGACUACCCCUCACUGCAGGCCAUGGGCUGGGGCAACAAGGAGGUGGCAUCCAUCAAAGUGAACGCUGGAGCGUGGGUGGCAUACCAGUACCCAGGAUACCGGGGCUACCAGUACGUGCUGGAGCGGGACAGACAGAAUGGCGAGUUCAAGAAGUACAGCGAAUACAGCAGCCAGGCCCACACCAACCAGAUCCAAUCCAUCCGCCGCAUCCAGCACUGAGCAGGGGCAAAGCGCGUGCCCUCGCAGCCUGCGGGCUGCCGUGCCAUAGACCUGUAC